ACAAAGUCCCUUCUUCGCUGUCGCAUCUCUUGCUUGCGUGGUCUCGUCUCGUCUCGUCUCGUCUCGUCUCGUCUUCCCGCCUAUACAUGGGGGCAAAAUCUCUCUGCUUCCUUACACAAAUUAGGGUUUACUUGAUGGAUUGAUGACGUUAGAGAUACUGUUCUCCGUCGCUCUCUUCGCGAUCUGUGGCGAUUAACCCUUUCUCUCCUUCGAUUUGAUUCCUUGUGUGGGGGCACUUAAACCCUCCGUGCGCGCACCACACCUUGGUUAGAGGUUUUCGCUUCGACGCUGGAAGAAUGGCGCUUGGAUGGAGGCACCACGCCCUUAUCCAAACUUUGCUCUCUCGAGGCCCCAUGACGGAAGAAAGCUUCUAUUCGCUAUUCACCGGCAUUAGCGGCAAAAACCCAGCUACCCACCGUCAAGUAUUUAAUGAAACUCUUCUCAAGAUCAACAAAGCACUUGCUUAUGUGCAAUUUGAGCUGCGAGCAUGUUGUAACCAAUAUGAUGGAAAGGUUAAUUACAGUGUGGUGAACAAUGUUGUUGAUGAACAAUCGAAGCUUGGGUCCAAGUAUUCUGUUCCACAGAUUGCAUUCUAUAAAGGGGUGAUAGAAGCAAUUGUUCAGGGUGCAGCAUCCCAAGGCUGCAUAAGUAGCAUUGAUGCCCUUCAUGUUCGCUUGGAAAGUCAGUGGUUUCAGCUUCAGGAUGGGCAGAGCUCACAGGAUAAUCAACAAAGAGUUCCUGCAGCAUUCAAGAGUUUCACAAUGUCUCAGAAGGAGAAGACUCUCAAUGAUCUCAUGAAGGACCAGUGGUUAUGCUACAUACCUGAUGGUAAAAUAGGCCUUGGUAUAAGAUCAUUCUUUGAUCUUCGGGGUUGGUUUCGUAGCAAUGAUAUUCCUUCAUGUGAAGUCUGCAAUGAAGCUGGUGUGAAGGCUUCCAUCUGUUCCAGUGAAGCAUGCAAUGUUCGGAUUCAUUACUACUGCUUAAAGAAGAAAUUUUCUGUGCAAAAGGGUUCAAAGGCUUGUCCUCGUUGUGGUACUGAAUGGCCUCAAGCCGAUCUGAGUGAGUUAGAUCUUACAGAUGCAACUGAACAAAUUCAGGCGCAUUCAUCUGCGUCUAAGCGAACAAAGAGAUCAACGCGCAUGAAAGCCGAAGCAGUUGAGGCAGUUCAGUCCCAUGGUGGAACUCAAAGUGAAGCACCUCAGGUUCCUGUAACAAGGAAGAGGCUUCGGAGCUACAAAGCCGAACCAGAGCCAAUCGAAGACGAAGGCUCCUCCCAAUGUGCGGCACCUCCAAGAGUUAGAACCCGUCAAUCUCACAAAGUUUAGCGAAACACAAAUCCUUACCAAUUAAUAUCUCUAUAUAGGUUCUUGUUGCUUCAUUUUGGUUACAUUAGCAUUCAGACCCUGAAUUGGUACUCAGGUUUUGUGCAUUCUACCAAUCUGAGUGAAUAACAAUGAAAUUAGGGUUUUAUGAUAUAAUUAGGAUUUUUCAAAAAAAAACAUUGUGCAAGAUUGUGUUGUUA